UGGGCUGGCCUAGGCUGAGACUUGAGGGCCUGGGGGUGAGAAAGCAGCUGGGCUGGGGGCUGGGGGGGACCCAGGUGAAGACGGGGCAGGCAGUCUCCCCUCUCAGGCCCCCUGCACACGGAGCAGGUACAGGAAAGUGUGCCCCAGCACGUGUCAUGUGCCCGUGAAUUCAAAUGAGUGUGACUAUGUCAAGUGUGAGCCUCAGUGGGCAUGUGGCUACCGUGUGUGCAGAGACACGUAAGAGCCCGGAGGUCCCCAGCCUCCCUUCCAGAACAGGUAGUUGCAGGUGGGGGAGGAGGAAGAGGGUGGGGGUGGCCUUGGCUCUCACAGGACCCUGGGGAGGAAGCUGGAUCUCACAGGGCACAUUAAGCCCUGGUUUGGCCCCUACCCCACCCCCUCCCUUCCUGUUCCUCAUCUUGGGCCAAAUGGCCAACCUAAUUAAGGAGGAGGAGGGGCCUGGGUGGCUUGGGAGGAGCCCGAAAAGGGGCAGAAAAAGCCCUGGCUGGGGAAAAAGGAGUGACAUUUUGGCUGGGCCAGGCCCACCCAUUUCUGCCUCAGUUUCCCCACUUAUAAAAUGCGGUGCUGAGCUAAAUCAUCUCCCAGAACCACGCGGUUUCAUAAGAGGCUGGGUUGGGGCGGGGCAGCAAUGGAGAGCAGAUCUCAGCACCCGUCCACCUUCACGCUGCCACCCAGCUACCCAGUAGCCCAAGAGCCUGGCCAGGAGUGAGCGAGCACACACGCACUGACAGGCACUCAGGACACCUGCCUUGGCCCCACCAUGUUCGUGGCAUCAACCAACUCGGCUGUGCCCAGGCCCCUCUCUGCACCCAGCCUGCCCAGCAACAGCAGCCAGGAGGAGCCGCUGGAUGCCCGGGACCCGCUGCUGGCCCGGGUAGAGUUGGCCCUGCUCUCCACAGUCUUUGUGGCUGUGGCCCUGAGCAAUGGCCUGGUGCUGGGGGCCCUGGCACGGCGGGGACGGCGGGGCCCCUGGGCACCCAUGCACAUCUUCAUCGGCCACUUGUGCCUGGCCGACCUGGCUGUGGCUCUGUUCCAAGUGCUGCCUCAGCUGGCCUGGAAAGCCACUGACCGUUUCCAUGGGCCUGAUGCCCUGUGUCGGGCCGUCAAGUACCUGCAGAUGGUGGGUAUGUAUGCCUCUUCCUACAUGAUCCUGGCCAUGACACUGGACCGCCACCGCGCCAUCUGCCGUCCCAUGCUGGCAUACCGCCAUGGAGGUGGGGCUCACUGGAACCAGCCGGUGCUGGUGGCCUGGGCCUUCUCCCUCCUUCUCAGCCUGCCCCAGCUCUUCAUCUUUGCCCAGCGCGAAGUUAGUAAUGGGGUCCUUGACUGCUGGGCCCGCUUUGCAGAACCCUGGGGACUUCGUGCCUAUGUCACCUGGAUUGCCCUGAUGGUGUUCGUGGCACCUGCCCUGGGUAUUGCUGCCUGCCAGGUGCUCAUCUUCCGGGAGAUUCAUGCCAGUCUAGUGCCAGGGCCAUCAGAGAGGACUAGUGGCCGCUGUGGGGGGCGCUGGACAGGCACUCCCAGCGAGGGGGCCCGGGUGUCGGCUGCCAUGGCGAAGACUGUAAGGAUGACACUGGUGAUCGUGAUCGUCUAUGUGCUGUGCUGGGCGCCCUUCUUCCUUGUGCAGCUGUGGGCAGCAUGGGAUCCAGAGGCACCUCGGGAAGGGCCACCCUUCGUGCUGCUCAUGCUGCUGGCCAGCCUCAACAGCUGCACCAACCCCUGGAUCUAUGCCUCCUUCAGCAGCAGCAUCUCCUCAGAGCUGCGCAGUCUGCUCUGCUGUGUCCGGAGGCACAGCCCGCCCAGCCUGGGGCACCAGGAUGAGUCCUGUGCCACUGCCAGCUCCUCCCUGGCCAAGGACACAUCUUCCUAAGGGGCCAGCAGGCACCUUCCUUCCAGAGGCACCAUGAAACUCAGCUGCCUGGGGGGGGCGUUGUCACAGAGAACUGGUUAGAGCCUGUGGCCCUGGGCAUGCCUCCAUCCCCAGCUAGUCCCUAGCUGUUUGAAGUCUCAGGCUCCAAGACAUGAGGAUGUGAGGGGCUCCUUAGUUCCUCCACAUCAGCUGGGCAGGGGACAAUAACAGAGGCCCAGGCAACACAGGAGAGACAGAGAUCCUUGCAGCCAAAGAGGAAGGACCAGAGUGAGGCCAGGGGCUCUUCCAGUCUAUGUCUCUCUAGUCCUCCCUUCUCUCCCUCCUCAUUCUCUCCCUAAUAAAAGCUGCAGCUUAUUUUCCA